AUGAUUACCCGUGGUAAAAGAGGGAGAGGUGAUGACGACGUGUUGGUAGAAGGCGUCUCCGCUGCGAUUCGGGGCAUGACGGCCGAGGUGGAUGACAUCGUAGGGAGUGUUGCGACGGUGAAUGGUGCGGUGCUCGAGUCGGUGCUGCGGAAGAGUCGGCAGGUGGCGCACGCGCUGAACGCCUCUGGAGGCUCCGUGGCUCGUCUGUGGAAGCAGCUGGCGCAGAGCCAGCAGAGCCGUGCAGCUGCGGCGCUCAGCCACCUCCGCUGCGCGGAGGAUGCGCGGCGUAAAGCGGAGUCUGUUGCCGCGCUGCAGCAGCAGCUGAUGAGCUCGGCUUCACUGGCUGCGGCAGAGGUAUCCAAGGGGCUUGGCGCCGCCAACAACACGGCUGUCGCGCUGUUUUCGUCACAACUGGCAGGGGAACAGGCGACAAAUGAACAGCUUGUUUCAUACGUGCGUGAUUUCCUUCGGAGUUCACUAGAAGCACUUCAGGACUAUUCGCGUCGGGCACUCAAUGCUGAGCUCUCACUGUCGAAGAAUGAACUCACCGCCGCCCGCCUGCGGAGUUCCCUUUCCUUCUACCAAAGUGCGUCACUGCGGCAUCACGAGGAGGUUGCAGCGCUCAUCACUAUUGUUCGUCUUCUUGCUGCGAAGAGCAAGGAUGUGGACCUCGCCAACUCCGACCUGCGGCAGGCCAAGGCGCAUGUGAGGCUGCUGGAGAAGCACCUUGACCUGGCGGGAAUCGUCCACGCUAUUGUGCCGCCGAGUUUCGUGCCACCUCGUCCACCGCCGGAGGCGCCCAACGGCGCGUUGAAGCGCACUGCGCCGGAGUACUUCGCGCUACGUCUGCUGGAGCACAAGGACGUGACACUCUCCGAACUGGUGGACUCGUGGCACCAACAAGAGGUACGCAUCGUCACCGCAGAGGCGAAUUACGGCGAGUUGCAGGCGUCCGUAGAGGCGCUGCGGCAGGAGGCGCUCACGGUGCACCAUAGCUUCCUAGAGGAGAAGCGGCGCCGUGAGGUGGUCGAGCACCGACUUGUCGACCUCGUGCGGGAGCGUAUUCACCCGAGCAGUAACGACACGCUCGUGCGGCAGCUUACACAGCUGCGCACUGACUAUACUAGGGCGCUCGAUGACGCUGCUCAAAUGGCAACGGCGCUCGGCGUGACCCGUGAGGCAUUGGCGCAGGAGCAGCAGCGGAGCUCCGCACUGGAGGUGAAGAUGCGGCAGAUGCAGGACGACGCGGACGCUGACGAGGUGGCGCACACGCUUGCCUCGCUGCGCCGGCACUACGAGACGGAGCUGGAGCGUCUGUGCGCCGACGCGGUGGAUGCGGACACGCAUAGUGCCGUUGCAGUGGCACAUGCCGAGGUGCAGCAGGAGGCAUCCGCGCAGUUGCACGAUGCGCUGGCGGUGGCGCAGCGCACUGCCGCGGAAAUGUCUACCGCCCUUCAGCGUGCAGAGGAACAUCGACUGACAGUGGAGGAACAGGAAAGAUGGGGCAUCAACGCGCGGGCGGAGCGGCUUGUCGAAGAGGGGAACAAGGCAAUGGAGCGGAGUGACGCGCACCUUAACAAAGCCUUGGCGGCGUUUCAGAUGGUAGUGCGCGAGGCAGAGACGCAACGCACCAGUGAUAUGGCGACCUUCGAGCAGCAAGUCGCCCAACUCCUCGCACUGUUCGAGUCUCUGCAGCCCACCGCUACCGAUGGCGAGAACACAUCUGAUGUCGAUGCAACGGCGUUGCAGCUGCAGCAGCAGCGCGAGGCCCGCGCGGUAAUGCGGGAGGCGCUCGCUCACGCGCUGCAGUUUGUCUCAGACGAGUUGGAAACGAGUGACGCGACCAAGACAGGUCUGCUCGACUCAUCCCUUUCCGACGCUCGCCAUGUCGGUGUGCUGCUGGAGAAGGUGCGUGUGCUGACGGCAGAGCGGGAUGCUGCGCUGCAGCAGCUAGCGAAGUGUGAGCAGCUCAUUGACCAGCACAGUCUCACAGCUGUCGAGCGUGUGCUGAUGCACGAGGUGUCCGUCGAAGAGUCAAUCGACGCGAUGGAGGCCUCGGAACAGAUCGCAAUGCUACGGGAAGAGGUGUCGUCACUCAGCGCCGUUCGUGCGGCCGCGCUGACAGAGCUUGCGGCGCUUCAGGAGGAACGCCUGCGCGACGACAAUGGCGCCUUUCGCGGCGCGGAGCGGAUUGAGCUGCUGGAGCGCCACAACGCGCGUCUGGUGACGUCGUUGCAGGAGGCCCUCACACGCGAGGUGGCCCUCGUUGAACAGGUACAUCAGCUGCAGCACGGUCUGCAGCAGUGGGCCGGGAAGGAAGAGCCUGCAGACGCGGCAGAGGACGCCGAAGACGCGACAGCAGCGGCGCCCACCCCCGCAGCUGGACAGGAGCAGUUGGCUCUGCAGCUCGAACAGCUCUGUGGCGGCAUAGCCGAGAUGAAGGAGCAGCUUGCGCAUAUGCAGACAGCCAUGACGACACGUGAUGCACCCGGCAGUGGCGAGGUGGAGGUGCAGUUGCUUCGUAACGGCGUGGGACACGUGGCGACGUCGCUGCGUGAGGCUCUGCACCGCGCCGAAUUGCUCCGCCACGCCCUCCCAACGGAUACCAACGCCGCACCAACAAAAGUUGAAGAAGAAGCAACAGUGCCCGCGGCAUCAAGUGACUCGGUGACCGAGAAAAAUGAGACGGGGGAGGAUGCGGUGCCGCAGAACCGCCUUGCGGCGGAGGUCGCUGCACGGGACGAGGAGUUGACGCGGCUGCGCGGAAAGCUAGAGGCUCACCUGCGGACGGAAGAAGAGCUGAAGAAGGCUCAAGAGGAUAUGCAGCAGGAGAACGCCAGCAUUAAGGCGAGGGUUGGGCGACUUCUGGAGAUCAACAAGCAGCUCGUCGAGGAGCUAAGGGCAGUUCGAUCUGCAACAGGAGCCUCACCGAGUUAA